CUGCCCCGCAACUUCUGCUGGAGCCAGGCACACGCUCUUUGGUGACCGGACACCGAGGCCCCGGCGGAGGGCAAAAAAGUGUAUCUUCUGGUUGCUAAUGUGAAUUGUGGACUAAAGAUAUAUCAUGGAGAAAAUAAAUUCCAUGGAAAUGAAUAUUAUCACCAGGAUCUGAAGACUAUGAAAAUACUCUUUGGUGUUGUCAUGAACUCUUCUGGAGAAAAGAAUCUGUGAAAUUAUGUGAAUAGAGACCAUUUUUUAAAACAAUGGGGGAAAGAGCAGGAAGUCCAGGUACUGAUCAAGGAAGAAAGGCAGACAAACACCAAUACUUUUAUUAUUCAUCUGAUUUUGGAACUUCACCACAGUCUUCUGGCAAGUCAACACCAGUCCGUCUUUCUUCACCUGCAAGUAUUAAGGGAAAAGAUCCUAAAAGACAAAUUUCAGAUAGCCAAGUGCAUCACCAAGUCCUUAGGAAACCAAGCCCUAAGUGUCUACUACCAAGCAGAAAGGGGGUCCGAAUGGGAUUUCGCUCCCAGAGCCUGAAUAGAGAGCCACUUCGCAAAGAUACUGAUCUCGUUACAAAAAGGGUUCUUUCUGCAAGACUGAUAAAAAUCAAUGAGUUGCAGAAUGAAGUAUCUGAACUCCAGGUCAAGUUAGCCGAGCUGCUAAAAGAAAAUAAGGCCUUGAAAAGGCUUCAGUACAGACAGGAAAAAGCCCUGAAUAAGUUUGAAGAUACAGAAAAUGAAAUCUCACAACUUAUAGUUCGUCAUAACAAUGAGAUUACAGCACUCAAAGAACGCUUAAGAAAAUCUCAAGAGAAAGAACGGGCAACUGAGAAAAGGGUGAAAGAUACAGAAGGUGAACUAUUUAGGACAAAAUAUUCCUUGCAGAAACUGAAAAAGAUCUCUGAAGCCAGGCACCUACCUGAACGAGAUGAUUUGGCAAAGAAACUGUUUUCAGCAGAGUUAAAGUUAGAUGACACCGAGAGAAGAAUUAAGGAAAAGGAGAGAGAACUGGAUAUAAAAAACAUAUAUUCUAAUCGUCUGCCAAAGUCCUCUCCAAAGAAAGAAAAAGAACUUACAUCGAGAAAAAAUGCUGCAUGCCAGAGUGAUUUUAUAGAGCUGUGUACAAAAGGAGUACAAACCACUGAAGACUUCAACCUGGAAGGAUUUCCUAAAACACCACAAACAAUUACAUGUUAUGAAAACAAGUGGGAAGAACCAGAACGUCUUACUUUGAACGUGGAAUCCCAAGAGCGAGAUGAACAUGAAGAAGUGGGGAUUCUAAACCCAGUUGUGGAAAGAGAAGAAAAAUUCGUUAAAGGUCAAGAACUCCAUUUUGUAAAACAGGAGGUUGAGAAGCUGGAGGAUGAAUGGGAAAGAGAAGAACUUGAUAAAAAGCAAAAAGAAAAGACAUCUUUACUGGAGAAAGAAGAAAAGCCAGAUUUGGAAACUGGAAGAUACCAAAUGGAAAUGUAUCAAAUUCAAAAUAUUGAUAAAUUGGAAGAAGAGGAAGAAGAACGACUAAAGAGAGAAAUGCUACUUGCUAAAUUGAAUGAAAUCAACAGAGGACUCCAAGACUCUCAGAAUCUAAAACGUCCUUCUUUGCCAUUGCUCCCUGAUUUGGAAUCAAAGCUGUCCUCUCCAGAGAGAAGUCCCCAAAAAUACAUGUUUUCUGAAUCCUCAGAGAAAUUAUUUAAUGGGCAUCAUUUGCAAGACAUCAGUUUUUUAAAUCCAAAAAGAGAGAAUCAGAAUCCAGGAAAUAUUAGAAGCCCAGCCUCCCCAGAUGAGUUUGCAUUUGGUAGCUAUGUACCUUCAUUUGCAAAAAUAGCAGGGAAGUCAAACCCAUUUAGCCAAAAUAGUGGCCUUUUGGAUUUCCAAAGAAACAGUAUGGAAAAACUUAGUAAAGACAGCAUAGAUUUAAGUAAAAGAAAAGAGAAAAAAGCUAAUCUGAUGGAACAAUUAUUUGGUACCAGUGGCAGCAGCACCAUUUCCUGUAAAAAUGAUGACCCAAUUUUUCUGGCUGCCAGUAAAGGAGACUUUGGCCCUCCAAAUAUUCUCCCUGGGGAUAAAAGCAGCAGGGGUAGAGAACGUGAUGAAGAUGAAGACUUUUUCUUCAGUGAAGGAAGAAGUUUUAAUCCAAAUAGACAGCGAUUAAAACAUGCAAACAAUAAACCAGCACUAAAAGCAGUUGAUUCUGUAGAAGAUGAAAUUGAAGAAGUAGCACUAAGAUGACUGACUAGAAUACAUUUUUUCCAAUUGUAAAUAUUAAAAUAUUUUAAUACAGUAUUUAUUAUAAACAUCUAGACUUUUAAUGCUAAAAUGUCCGUAUUAAGAAGGACUUUUUAAUAGCUAAAUAUACUGCAAUUAAAAUGAAGUAGAUCAUAUCCACACUACAUAGCUACGUUGCCAAGAAUGAAGGAGGCUUUUUGAAUGAAACCAAAAAUAGAGAUGUAUCUUACCUCAUCUUGACUUUUUACUUACAAAUAGAUUUUAUCUCUUAAACCAGCUCUAUGGGAAGUUUUACUUCACUGGAGAUCGUAUUCAUUUCCUACUUUUAUCCCUAUUUAUUUAUUUAUUUUUGGCCAUAUCCUGAGCUAAAUACAGUCUUCCCACUGAUUAUCAAAUGGAAAUUAAGGGCCAAAGGCCCUGUGUUGGGAAAUGUAGCUCCCAGGUGGUGGAGAACCAGUGCUACUUGGGAGCUCUUCCCUUUAUGGCUAGG